UUCUACCAAAGGCCUGCGUCCAGGUACUAGGUACUUCCUGACACAUCCGCAAUUAAUGCUGACUGGCUGGUUACUUGUUAGUACAACGGGGAUGUCCAACUACAAGGUAUUCGGGCUUCUCUGCCAUACACGGCCUUAUCUCAACGCUUUUCAUGACGGUAUUCUACACCGACCAAGGAAGAAUCGCCAUGGAGGCCAACUGUUUAUAUAAAGGCGACUCCGACGCCAUGCCGACCGAGCGGUUAACCGAGACCAGUAGCAGAUUUGAUAACUCUUCCUUCUUUCUACCUCAAGCAAGAAGGCCCAUUACAUUCAUACCACGUCAGCCAUGACGGUCUCCUCCCAUGAAUACAUACCAGGCACGGUACACCUGGUCGAUCUUGAGGGUACUAUUCAUGCUCGCCAUGCAGCAGGAGGCAAGCGCGAUAUUGUGCUCGUCCCUCCUCCUUCCGCAAAUCCAGACGACCCACUGAAUUGGACUCCACGGAGGAAACUCCUGUCUCUGACCUGUCUCUCCAUCUACAUCCUGGCAGUUGGUUAUGCCUCAGCCGCGAUCUAUUCCGUUCUCGUCCCUAUCUCCGAAGCCACAAGCCUUUCGGUCGCUGAUCUCAAUGCUGGUACCGGAUACAUGUUUCUUGCUUUCGGAUGGGGAUGUCUUGUUUGGCAGUCUCUCGCACAGCAGUAUGGGAAGCGUCCAGUUUAUCUCUUCUCACUCCUGGCAACGACGGCCAUCAUGAUAUGGGCUCCUUAUACCAAUAGCAAUGGCCAGUGGAUCGCAAACAAGAUCCUGCAGGGCUUCGUCGGUGCGCCUAUCGAGUCUCUGUGUGAGAUAUCAAUUUCAGACCUUUACUUUACGCACGAGCGUGGUACCUAUAUGGGCGUGUAUGCUCUUUUCUUGGCUGGUAGCAACUUUCUCGCACCUGUCUGUUCAGGUUUCAUCGACGUUGGUCAAGGUUGGCAGUGGGUCCUGUACUGGUGUGCAAUUUUCACCGGAGGUGCAUUCGUGAUCCUCUUCUUCUUGAUGGAGGAGACCAAUUUUGAACGAGCACCACUUAUCGGCAUCGAGCCUGACGAGCAACUGCCAAUCGAGUCAGCCUCUGACAGCGACUUGAAACACAUGGAUCCAGCCGAUGCUGAAAAGCAACCAGAAGUCCGAAAUGCCACCGGUACGCCAGCAGCCAAUGAACAGACCUAUACGAUGAAAAACUACGUGCAGAAGCUGUCGCUCUUGCGCAAAGAAGACUUGCGAAAGAAGAACCGACUAGGCAGCAUGCUUAUUCGACCAUUCAUCUUCGGGACGUUUCCUGCCGUGGCGUUUGCUGGCUUCAUGUACGGCUCGAUCGUGUGCUACUUCAACAUCCUCAACGGGACGGCAUCACUCAUUCUCUCCGCCGCGCCAUACAAUUUCCCCUCAAGCAUGGUAGGACUUGCCUACGUGGCUUGCCUUAUUGGCGUGUGCAUCGGAACCGUCUAUUCUGGCAUCCUCGGCGACAGAGUCGUCAUCUGGAAAGCUCGACGAAACAACGGAGUCAUGGAACCAGAGCACCGCCUGUGGAUGUAUUGUGCUCUUCUCGUCCUCAUCCCUGGAGGAUUCCUCAUCUGGGGCGUGGGAGCAGCUCACCACAUCCAUUGGUUCGGUCUUGUCUUCGCCAUGGGCAUGCUGGCCUGUUCCAUCACCAUUGGCUGCCAGAUCCCAUGCAGCUACUGCAUCGAUUGCUACAAGGACAUCAGCGGAGAUGCCAUGGUUACGGUGAUCAUAAUCAGGAACACGAUGAGUUUUGCCGUGAGCUACGGUAUAACUCCUUGGGUUACAAACAUGGGCUAUCAGGAUGCGUUCCUUGUCGCUGCAUUUGUAUCUCUGGCACAGAUCUGCGUCUUCUUUGCCUUCAUCAAAUGGGGCCGCGGUAUGCGGAAGGCCACGGCGCAACGGUACUUGCAUUAUGUCAGCCAGAUGAAGGCCGAGGGUUCUACACACUGAUAGCGCGACCCAUGGUGAUGGAAUCAUUUUCGACGCGACUGCCUAGACCAGAAUUAGACUUGGAUGUAUAUCGUGUUGGGUGGAAGUCAGAGGUCAUUUGAUUUGCACUACCUAGGUAUACAUAGAAAACUCGAGAGGUUUGUUGAGAUCC